AUGCGCUUCUCAUUCCUGGCAACGGCGGCGGGCCUGAGCACCAUUGUUUCGGCGCGAAACCCGCUCGACACCGAAGAUCAAGUACGUCUAGACGCGCUCGCGGUUGAGAUCAAUCGGGACAACAGCUUCAAGGCCCUGCGCUGGACGGCGCGCAACACAAUUGUUGGGACGCUCAAGCUUCGCGGAAAGUCCAUCGACGAGUCGGUCAGCAAGGACAUCGACGUGGCGGUUGACGAACUCGUCUUCAGCGCCAUCCAAAAGGCCGUCAAUAAUGACCCGGCGUAUCCCAAAGUCUACUCCGCCAACCAGCCGCCGCGAGUCAUUCGAUCGCUCGGGCUGUCGGUACCAGGCGGGCGAUACUCGUACGACAAUCCGGAUUGCGUCUACCGCACCAUCCCAAUCAGCGACCGCUACGAGUACCUCGUUCACGGCCGCCGAGCGGCCCCGGGGCCGAGCGACGUGACAUUUUCGCUCAUCAGCAACCCAAACUCCCAAGGGACAGUUGCGUCGUUGCUGGGCGAGGACCUCGUCGUCCGAGACGAUGGGACGUAUACGAUCCGAAUCAAGUCCGCCAAGUCUUCCGAGAAGAACUAUAUCCAAAGCGACGGGAGCGCUGUUCAGCUUUUCGUUCGCAACAACAUCGGCGAUUGGGCCGUGGAAACGCCCGACGACCUCACUGUUGAAGUGGUAGGAGACCACGACGCGGCGCCUGUCACCAAGGAUGACAUUGUCCGGAAGGCCAGGGCAAACCUGGCUGAAUCAAUCUUCUUCUACGACGUCGGGGCCUUGGGGUUCAAGACGCUGCUGCAUCCGGUGAAUAAGAUUGAAGACCCGAGUCAAUCGCAGACGCUCGGCACCCUGACGACACAGGCAAGCUCAUUCGCACACUUUAACCUGAAAGAUGACCAAGCUCUGGUCAUUUCGUUCGACAAGGGCCUCUCGACCUACUGGGUGCUCCCAAUCUACUCGCUCGGAAUGGUCACGCACUCGCCAUGGAACAGCAUCGUGAGCUUCAACAACAAGCAGGCUGCCGCGAACAACGAUGGAACGUAUACUUUUGUCAUCUCUGCAAAGGACCCGGGGACGUACAACUGGCUCAACAUAACGUCCCACCCCCAGGGCCUCAUCAUGGGUCGCUGGCAAGGGCUGCCUAGAAACGGCACCGAGCACGGCAUCAAGGUACAGUCCUCCGUGGUGCCCAUUGCCGGGAUACGCGAUGUCUUGCCCCCGGAGACGCGCUUUGUCACGGCUUCGGAGCGCGAGGAGCAGAUCCGGCUACGCGUCGAGGGGUACGACCGCAUCCGCGGCGACUGA